UCAAUCGAUUUUUAUUCUACAGUUCAUCAUGUAUCUUCUUAGAGUAUUAUCACUUGUAUUGCUGGUAGUCUACACCAGUGCUGAUUUAACACCAGCUGAUAUCAUGCGAUUUGUAACAGUUCGUAGACAAUGUGAGAUGAGUAAUCCAGUUGAUCGUGAGGUGAUUGAACGUGUAAGGCAAGCUGAAUUAGUGAAUGAUCGUAAUUUUGAUUGCUAUGUGUCUUGCAUCUUGAAAGGUUCUAAUUUCAUGGGCGCCGAUGGUUCUUUGAAUGUUCCUUUCGCCUUAGACAAAGUACCUGAAAAUUUUCCACUUCAUGAUGCUCUGGUCGAUGCUAUUAAUAUUUGUGGUAGCCGACGUGGCAAUGAUGAAUGUUCUACAGCACAUGAACUAUUUAUGUGUUUCCACGAACAAAAUAUUCCAAAUCUUCUCCUGGGACAAUUCCGAGGUUAAUGUUGAUUUUCAACUUAUCCAUUUACUCCAGAAAAAUGAACUUUAAGUUUUAAAUUCUCUAAUUAUUGAAUAUUUGAGAACUGAAAAUUAUAAUAUGUAGUUAUUUCAAUCAUUGUACUUGGUGACAAAUCUAAUGUAGAAUUAAUAUUUUAUCGGCAGAGUUUUAUAUCUUUAAAAUGAAAAUUUAUAUGCUAAUAAAUAAUAGUCAAAUGACA